CUGUUCAUUAACGGUAUACCCUAACCCUACUGCCGCUUACUCUCUCUCUCCCCCCGUUUGUUAUUUAGAGCAAAAUUCGCUUCAGAAUCGAUCUGUCUCUGGUUUCUAAUUGGAUUUGUAUUUAAGGGAUUUGAUUUCUUAUCAAAAUUUCAUAAGAACAGCAGUUUCUCUGGUUUCAGAUUUUAGCAGUGGAUAAAUUAGGCAUUACGAUAUUGGAAUCAAUUUUUGUUCUUGCUGUUAGAUUGGUGUUUUCUUUCAAUGAUGGAAAUAGGUAAUUGGGGCGGUAUCUGUGCUUUGAUUGACUUCUGUUAAAGCUUGCAUGGGAUGUCAUGGAGGUUCGGCAGAGACUGGUUGCUUUACGCCAACUGGACUUCUGCCGGACCGAGAAAUUUCUGUGGGAGGAGUUAUUGAUUCUGAGAGAUGGUCGGCGGCAGAGGAGAGGGUUGCAGAGCUCGUGGCUCUCAUUCAGCCGAAUGAAGGAUCAUGGAAAAGGAGGCAGGAUGUAGCUGAUUAUAUUCAGAGCCUUAUUGGAAAAUGCUUCUCUUGUCAGGUUUUCAUUUUUGGAUCUGUGCCCCUGAUGACAUAUUUAACUGAUGGAGAUAUUGACUUAACUAUAUUUAGUGAUGAUGAAAAUCUGAAAAAUACAUGGGCCGGCAAAGUCCACCAAGUUAUGAAGGAGGACCAGAAGAAUGAAAAUGCUAAAUUAUAUGUAAAGGAAGUUCAGCUAAUCGAGGCAGAAGUAAAGGUUAUAAAAUGUCUCGUAGACGGCAUUGUUGUGGACAUAUCAUUUUGUCAGACUGGCGGUUUACGUGCCCUUUGUCUCCUCGAAGAGAUGGACCGUUUGAUAAGUAAAGAUCAUUUAUUUAAGCGGAGUAUUAUUCUUAUUAAAGCUUGGUGUUACUAUGAGAGCCGUCUUUUGGGUGCUCAGCAUGGCCUUAUUUCUACAUUUGCUUUGGAAACCAUGAUUUUGUACAUAUUUCAUUUAUUUGACAAUUCAUUUUCUGGACCACUUGAGGUUCUAUACCGUUUUCUAGAAAUUUUCAGCAGUUUUGAUUGGAAAAACUGUUGUGUCAGCAUAUGGGGUCCUGUCUCUCGACAUUUACUCCCAGAGAUAACUACUGCAAUGCCUCCGAGAAAGAAAAAUGGUGAAUUUGAUCACAAGAAAUUAUUUCUCCAACAUCGCAGCAAGUUCAUCGACAGUUUGGCGUGCGGUCAACACUGCCAUAGACAACCUUUUACUACGAAGUGCCUCAACAUUGUUGAUCCUUUAUGUAUACACAACAACCUUGGACGCAGUGUUUAUGAAGCCAAUUUCUAUAGGAUUUGUAGUGCUUUUGCAUUUGGGGUUAAAAAGCUAUCCAGAUUACUCGAUUUUCCGAAGGAGGAGAUGAUUUCAGAGCUCAAUCACUUCUUCGUGAACACAUGGGAAAGACAUAGAGCUGACCCUCACAACAGUUCUGCUACAAGCGCGGCCCACUCGGAACCGUCCAAAAAUAUUUCAUUCAAUGAACACAUCAAUAAUAUUUCAGAGGAUCCUGGUGAUGACCAUCGUGCUGAUCUUAAGCUCUCUUUCUAUGGCGCUACCUCCCAGAUUCUUAGAGUGAUUAACCAAAAUUCAGAGGACAUUAGUAGGCAUAAUGGAAUAAAAAGUAACAAAGAUUACAGUAAUGAUAAUACUAUUAAGAAUCUGGAUUAUGUAGAAAAAACCUCCGCAAAUCCUGUUAGAACCAAUAAGAAUGAUGAAAAUCUGAGUUACAACAACAGUAAUGGCAUUGAGGAAGGCGAUUCCAGGUUGCAGGGUCAGCUUGGUAUGGUUCGCUCUGAGAAAAUACAUUUUCGCUCUCACCCGACAAACCUUGGUGAGGUCUCUAAUGGAGAAAGCCACGAUACGAUCCAAAAAUCUCAUAUUCAUGAAGCGGUAACUUCUGUGGAUUACUCUUCAUGUUCAGAACAAAGUUCAUCUUUUCAAUCUAAACUUUUAAGUAGUGCUUCUUUUGAAAACUACCAUGAUAAUACUAUUUCUUCAACUGAAACUUCUUUGAAGCGUUCUUAUUAUGAAUAUCCCGCACAGGAAAACUACAGAGCUCCAUUAAUUGCUGUUAAUACUGAAGUUACAAAAAAUCAAACUGCCCAAAUAAGUGAUUAUGGGGCAAUUUCCAAUUCUGGGGUGGUUUCUUCAAUACAGUGUCCCACAGGUCCGCCAGUCCCAUUCUUAGCAAUGCUUCAGAUAUAUAAUUUUCCGUCUCACCGGAGAUACUAUGAUGGAUUGUAUGGAUUGUCUGAUGAUGAAAUAUUAAAUUUCGAUCGAAAUGUGGAUUCCGGUGGGACGUUUGAUUGGCCGGAUAUUCAUGUUGCUGCACAUGUGAAGCCAGUUCUCUCUAAUGGAAUAUCUAGCACGAAUAUUUCGUUAUUUGGACCCACCCCCCGUCCUUGUCCUACCAUAGCACCCAACGUGUAUUUUCGUAGGAUUUUUCCACCGAUUCAACCUGUUGGAUCGAUUCCAUCCCCUGGAGUCCAAGUUGUGCCAGCCGCCUGUGCUUUGCCAGAACCUCAAAUAGCUUAUAACGCACUUAGUUUCGGAGAUGGAGCCGCUACACAUUAUGGCGGCAUUGUAUCCCAUCAGCCAUGUCCUAGAGUUGUUCUCGGAGAUUUGUCACAAACUGCAAAACAAAGUUGGAAUUGCAGUCCUUAUGGAACAAACCUCGAUAAAGGAGAACAAAAUUACAUCAAUAGAAGUCCGCAAAUGUUCUGGCUCACCAACGAGCCGAGCUAUUCGGAGAAGCCGAACACACUUGCAGGUUGCUUGAAUCCAGAUUACAGCCAAAUUUCUGGAUCAUCUGAUUACUGUAGGAGCUCAUAUCUAGCAGAGAGCAGCUCUAUCGGAUCUUCAAGUUUUUCACGUGUUUCGACGUACGUGACACAGGGAAUGGAUUAUCCACAGUUUUUGACAGUUCAAUCGUCCUCAUCGUUGCAGCGCCAGAGAUUUAUGGUGCAGAAGAAUCAUCAGUUGAAAGAAGAGGGCUUCCCUCGAUGAUUUCCCAUUCAUGCAGAGAUGAACACCAAUACCUACUCUGCUCUACUCUGAUUUUGUUUUCUUUUAAGGUUUAAUUACAUAAUUCUCCAGUUUUUUGGCUUAAUGUCCUUAGGCCAUUGUAGAGUAUUAGAUUGUACUUUGCAAAAAAGCCAAUAGUUUUCAGGAUACAAGCCAAAAAAUGCUAACAUUGAUAUAGGAGUUUUCCCUUUUUUUUUUUUUUUGGAAAUAAGAAAUAAGUAGUUUCAUUCCUUUUAGUUAGCCUGCAAAUAAAAAAAAGGAAAAUUGCAAUUCUUUGCAUUUGUGUAAUCUCU